AUGGCCGUUUGGGAGCAGCUGGAGGUCUCCAAAGCUCAUAUUGCGUACGCAUGUGUAGGGGUAUUCUCUUCGGUUUUCUCGUUGGUUUCUUUGUAUGUUAAGGAACAGCUGUAUAUCGGUGAAUCUACUGUGGCAGGUAUCUUUGGACUUAUUGUGGGUCCACACUGUCUUAACUGGUUUAAUCCACUAUCAUGGGGUCAUUCAGAUUCGAUUACAUUGGAGAUCACUCGUGUUGUGCUGUGUCUGCAAAUCUUUGCAGUAGCUGUGGAACUACCGAGAAAAUAUAUGUUGAAGCACUGGUGGUCAGUGACGAUGUUGUUGCUUCCUGUGAUGACAUCUGGUUGGUUGAUUAUUGGUUUGUUUCUGUGGAUUAUUAUACCUCACUUAAGUUUCUCGGCAAGUUUGUUAGUUGCUGCCUGUGUGACAGCUACAGAUCCAAUCUUGGCACAGUCAGUUGUCUCUGGUAAGUUUGCGCAGAGAGUUCCGGGCCAUUUAAGAAAUCUUUUGUCUGCCGAAUCUGGUUGCAACGAUGGUAUGGCUUUCCCUUUCAUUUUUCUUUCGUUGAACUUGGUGCUACAUCCUGGAAACGCUGGAUUGAUUGUUAAAGACUGGAUUUGCGUGACCAUUCUUUAUGAAUGUAUCUUUGGUUGUAUUCUGGGUAGUGUUAUUGGUUACUUGGGAAGAAGGGGGAUCAAGUUUGCAGAGGAGAAGAAUAUUAUUGAUCGUGAAUCGUUCUUGGCAUUUUACGUCGUGCUGGCAUUUAUGUGCGCCGGUUUCGGUUCAAUCCUCGGUGUCGAUGACUUGCUAGUGUCGUUCGCCGCAGGAACCGCUUUUGCGUGGGAUGGUUGGUUUUCGACAAAGACUCACGAGAGUAAGGUCUCGACAGUGAUAGACUUGUUACUAAACUAUGCAUAUUUCAUUUAUUUUGGCGCCAUUAUUCCUUGGGAACAAUUCAACAAUGGAACUAUUGGAGUUAACAUCUGGCGUUUGAUUAUCCUUGCGAUCAUCGUUAUCUUUUUGAGAAGAAUUCCAGCAGUGUUAAUUCUGAAACCAUUCAUUCCCGAUAUCAAAUCCUGGAGAGAAGCCGUUUUCGUUGGACAUUUUGGUCCUAUUGGUGUUGGUGCUAUCUUUGCUGCCAUUUUGGCUAGAGCUGAAUUGGAGAGUUACGUUUCGCAUGAAGAGACACCUCUAAACCAGUUGCCUGAGGUAGGCUCUCCCGAAUGGCAAUUAAUUUCAUGCAUUUGGCCCAUCGUCUGUUUCUUCAUUGUAACUUCCAUUAUUGUUCAUGGCUCUUCCGUGGCGAUAAUCACAUUAGGGCGUCAUUUGAACACAAUAACCUUGACCAAGACUUUUACUACUCAAACGAGUAAUGGUAACGGUAAGAGUUCGUGGAUGCAAAGACUGCCUUCGUUGGACAAAAGCGGGCGUUCUUUUUCCUUACAGAGAGUGGAUACUGAAGCACCUCAUGGUGAUCCUAAUGUGGAGACAAGCGGAAUUCCUGCAAGACCUGCUGGCGGAAUGAAGAGAAGAAAGCAUAGAAGAAAGAGAAGACAUGAACUUUUCCGUGCGCUAUCUAAGAAUCAUCAAGAGGGCUACGAUGAUGAGCUUAAUGACCUGGGUAGAGAGAGACUACAAAGAGAAAAGGAAGCCAAUGCGGCAACAUUUGCGUUAGGAACCUCCGAUAGGAAAGCAAAGGAAAGUGAAGAAGAAGAAGACUCAAAAGAAAAGAUGGAUAACUCGACAGAACAGCCUAGUUCCAGCGACCAUACUCAAGAAACUCCUGAGUUUAGAGGUGAUGAAGCUGUCGAUGUGUUAAACCCUCGUGACACUGCUCAUAUAAUCAAAGGGCUUGACAGUCUGGCAGCAAACACAGAGAAUUCGGAACUUGAAAUGGUCCGAAGCGAGUCUCAUAAGACUCCUGCUGGUGAGUCUCCAACCGACGUUGAAGGUCAAAGAGAUUCUGAUGAUGAAAGCUCAUUAACGUCAUCUGAAAGAAAGAGAAAACUUCAAGAACGUGAACAAGAGGCUCAUAUUGCCUAUGCUGAGAGAAACAAGCUUAUCGUUGAGAAUAAGGAUGGUGAAAUUAUCGAUCAAGCUGAAUUUCACAGACCACCGAAGGAUGACGAAGAAAGUAUUGGUAGUAAAGUUUCCAAGAUGAUGAGCCACAAAUCUACUCAUAGUUUACAAUCCAUCAAGAACGUCAUUUCACCGACUAGUUUUGUGAAUAUGCACUCGUUGGUGGAUGCAGACAGAAACAAGAAGUACUAUGCUUACAAGAUGGAUAACAUGUUAAUUAUUGAGGAUGAAGAUGGCGAAGUGUUGCGUCGUUACAAGAUUAAUACCCACAGAGACAAGAAGGCCACAAGGCCAAGAAGCCAAAGUGUUGUCUCCAAGGCUCUUUCUGCCGUUGGUCUGAAAAUGAAGCAACCAAGCUCUACUUACAGCAAUGAAAACAAUCAAAGUCAAACAGAAGAACUGAAGAAGAUGGUAAGAAAUCUCACACCAGCUCCUAGACGUUCAAACCGAUCAGACGAAGACUUGAGAGAAGAAGAUGAAGAAACAGAUGAAGAUGAGGACGAAGAAUCAUACAACAGUCGGGACGACACCGAUGUAACGGAUGAUUCCGAGCUAUCUGAUGAUCUUGGAAGUUAUGACUCUGACCAAGAAAUGGUAGCGAGAGAUAGCGAUCAGGAGCCCGAAACCGCAAUAGAAAGAGAGAGACGCCUGAACGCGUUAGGUCAUGUUUCGGCACCAAGAAACGAGGACGAUGAAGAGGAACCUCCUACCCCUUCUGAAACUCAACCCAACACAGGACCUAGCGCCGCCAAAAAGAUGAAGAGCACAAUCGGAAAAACUUUCCAUCUCAAAUAG